ACAAAUCUAUCCAUGUUAAAUUUAUUUCAUAUAGUUAAAAAUUAUUAAUUAAAUAUUAUAAAGUUUAAAUCCUUAUAUGGGUAUCUGGAGGAGGGAGUCGUCUCCACUACUCCAGCAGGGUAGGAAAACCCCUACCGAGGCAACGACCGGAAGCGUUGCACAGGGAGUCACGUCACCGCUCUGGCGCUCACUCGAGAUCGGAUCUCGGUAAUCGGCAUCUCGCAGCUACGUCCGGUGAGAAACUUGGAAUGCACAGCGCCCCUCCCUCGCAUGAACGUGCAUCGAAAUGAUGCAUCAUACGACCUAGUACUGCAGGAGCAUGAAUCUGACGAAGAAUAGGACCAAAAAGAGGCUGCACUUUCGGUCCUGCCAGUAACUGGAAUGAUGCAUCAUGCGCGUGCCGUGUUCGGCUAGCUGGUGCUGAUUUUUUUUAGAGAAAAGUACUGCUAACUGGUUGGUGCUGGUGGCUGGUGUUAGUUUUAUGUGAGAGAAAAAUACUAUUGGCUAGAUGCAACGAAGAUGAAGCGAACACAUGAGGGAUGAGGCCCUAAUCACCAGCAACUCCCCCAGCUCUACCUGGCAGCUCCGCUCCGCUCGCCAUAUCAGCCUGCUCCCUCCAUCUCUUCUCUACUACUAAAAAGAGGCUAAGGUCACUUUUUGUUGGCAAAAUUGGAUCUGUGACACCGAAAGAUCACCGUUUCAGAAAUUUACCAUCGAAACGACCGAGUACAGAUUAAUACCAGCGAAAGAUCCAUCCGUUUAGAAAUAUACCAUUCUGUCAACUUCCGUUACCAUUGCCGUCUUUUCUUUUCUUUUAUUCCACUUGCCCACGUGAAAUGACACCUUUGCCCUUUGCUGGAUUUGAGUAAGAACCCAGGGACUCGUUGGUUUGGACUCAACGUUUCCUCUCUGCCGCUACUCGACCCUGGUGCCGCCGCCGACUGCUCGUCCCGCUCCGGCCGCCGCCUACGCCAGGUCCGCCGCCGACUGCUCCUCCAGCUCCGGCCACCGCCUGCGCCAGGUACCACCGGCGACUACUCCCUGGCUUCCCCAUGGUCUGAAUCUGAGCUCUCUUAACUGAGAUGGAUGGUGUAGAGUCAAAUGAAGGGAAGGCCAAAGAAGAAGAGGAUUAAGAGUGCAGGAGAGCCAGGGAAGAGAGGACAAUAUCAAUGCAAAAGGUGCUUCCAAUUUGGUCAUAUUCAAAAGGGAUGCACAAACCCAAAGGUACAACCUGAUGAAGACCUUCCGGAACCACCUCCUACUAAGAAGAAAAAGGCACAGCCUACUAAAAAACAAGAAGAAAAGCGCAGUCCAAAGAAAAACAACAAGAAGAAGAAAGCCACAGAAAAGGGAGCAGAAGAAGAAAUGCCAAUUCCAAAGAAAAACAAGAAGAAGGGAGUAACACAACAGGGAGCAACUACUACCUCGUCUAGUCCUGGGCCAGUUACAAGGAAAAGAGCUGCAAUGAGUUCUACCCAGGAUGGAACUCCCUCAGGCACUCCCUCACGCAGCAAGAGGAAACUAGUUGCUUAGAAAUGUAUUUGAACUUGUAAUGAAGGACAGAGGCCCAUGAUUAUGUAAUCCGAACUUGUAGUCUGAACAUGCUGUUUUAUCUGAACUUAUAAUCUGAACAUGCUGCUCUAUUCGUACUUGCAGGCUC